AAGAAAGGGAACAGGGCAAACUAAAUGAUGGCCAGCGUUGUCAGUGCGACGUCACAACGCUACGCGAUAAUGAUCAUACGAUCUACACAAUUUUUGGGGCUGUUAACUUUCGUGCUCUUGGUCACCCGAUAUGACACAAAUACAAAAACAAAGAAGAGCUUUCGGUAGCUUCCUUUCGAGCGUAUUGGGCGUGGGAUAAUUUUAUAUAUCUCCCACCCCCAAAAAAUCCACAAUGUAUACAAGCAAGAUGCACAGAAAAGCAAGAAAAGCAAUAGAUCCGUGAGACAGUUGAUGAUCACGCUCAUUUUAUGCUUAGUACUGGUAUCCUUCCCAAAAAUUGUAACGGCCUGCAUUCGAGAGCCGCUUGAUGGGUGUGUUUGUGCUUGUGCAGCACUUAGCACAAAAUAAAAGUAAAACUCCGUCACAGCCGCAACAUUAUCGCAAUGGCAAAAAAAAACGAAAUGCACACGUUCAUGCUACUGAAUGGAACUGAACCGAAUUUUUUGUCGAUUGUUAAUACAAAGGGCAAACAUAAACCCAAAACCCCGUCCUCCGUCACCCGCGUCGUAACCCUUGCCCCAUCCCUCCCUUCCAUUGCUCGAGAGGCGGGGUGCCACUCAUCGUUCGUUUGUCCACUAAGCAAACCGUAUCACGUGCAGUCCACACACACUCGUCCAAUCUCCUUCAAAAUAUGUACAUACAACAAUCAAAACUGAACAUGUAACGGCGUGGAUACAGUACAUUAAGCAUACAGAUGCAUCUUAGCGUUACCGGGUCGUAGGAUACCCGGUGUAACCCACUCACCCCCUUCCCCACCCGUCACCCGUGUGAGGGAAGAAUUGAACUUGAUUAGUAAAAAAUCGACACUCACCCCAAAUCGGUGACGGUGAUCCCAAAAUGGAAGUAGCGAAUUCCAUUGCAAUUGUGUGAGGGGGGCGGAGGGUGGGAACAACACAUACACAUAAACAGGAGGUAGAAUAGUAAGUCAUGCAAGCAGCAGCAGCAGAGACGCCGGCAGAGGCACAAUGCGGGGGGAAGGGGGGUCUUAAAAAAGGCCAGAGAACGAAGGAAGCCGAAUCCAGUGAUUUUAUAGAAAUACAAAUAACAAUUUUAAUAACGACCAAACUUAGUUAUACUAAAUAUAUAUACAUGAAUAUAUAUAUAUACAUAUACAUAUAUAUAUUAAUAUUUUAUUGAUUGCUAAGCAAAAUUAUAGAGGGAAAAUCAAACGAGAAAAAAAGAAGAUCCAGUGAAGGAAGGAAACAAAAAUAAAUCCAAAACACAGAGAUAAACAAAAAAAACAACGCGUUGUCGAUCGAUCAAGACACAGCGACAGUGGCAGUGAAUAUACAUAGGUAUAAUAUAUAAGUAAUAAAAAGAAGAAGAAGAAACGAGAACGCUAAUCGACGGGACGAAAAGAGAUGGUAAGCAUUAAUAUUAUAAGAAGCGCAUAGGAGCAGGAGAGGAGAGAAGAAGAAAAAACAAUGCAUAACAUAAACCAUUAAUUGACUACUAAAACACCAACAAGUGCUAUUAGUAAUAGAAAUCGAAUAUUAUCAUAUGUUAUUGAAACAAGUAAAGAAAACAACGGACGGAUAAAAUAUAAAAGAAAACUACGAAUUAAAGAACAAAAAAACGCAAACAAAACCAAACAUUCAUACACUUACAUACAAAAAAAACACACACACACAACAUAUAACAAAUUUAUAAAAUAAAAAAAAAAAAACAAACAAAACCGUGGUCGAAACAAUGCGAAACUCUAUUGAAACGCAGAAUAGAAGAAUAGUAUUGAGGGCGAAAGAAAACGAGAGGAGCCAUUGCAGGCACUAGUAGAUGGCGCUGACAGAAGAUGGCGGCCACCUUAAAUAGAAACAAUACAAAAACACGCUCACACAUAAACACACAGGUACACAAAAGUGAACAUAAAGCCAAGGUAAGCGAGAAUACAAAGCAAACAAAACAAAUAUCUAAAUUGGUACCAUUAUCUGUACAUACAUUAGUUCGGUUCAUUACAAGUUUUGGGUACUAUUUUACUUAUAAGUUCAGUGAAAAAAUAGUUACUGCCUUACAUAACUAUACAUAUAUAUGUACACAUAACUGUGUAUGUAUAUAGAUAUAAAUAUACAUAUAUAUAUACAUAUACAUAUGAAUAAACUAAAUCGGAAUAAGCAUGAGCUAUUAUGGAAAGCGAUGUACUGGAAUGACGAAAACGAAGAAAACUAAACAGAACACGGUUAAGAACAGAAAGGUGACCACAUACUACCGGACAACUGUGUACACAUACACAUACACACAUUAUACACAUAUGACCAACAUAACAAAGGACACGACAAAUGACCAAAGUAAACAUAUGAAACAGAUGAUGCGAGGUAGCAAAACAUUUGUAAAUACUUCCCUGUAUACAAUAACUCCAAGCUGUAAAGCCAUUUGCAAACUCGAAGCACACUCACACAUACACAGUGACACACAACUACUUACAACAUAUUAAAAACCACACGCGUAACAGUAUAAGUCAAGCUUGGACAGCAAACUUUAUACACGCUGGCAACUAAUGCAACUUUGUCACAUCAUUUCAAUGAAACAAAACACCAUUUUUCUUUUCUUUCUAUCGAAACCGAAUUGAAGUUUCAACCAAACGAAACGAGAAACAAAAGAAAAACUCAUGACCCUUGCUCGUGGAAUCGAAACAAUCGACUCGAAAGUACAUUUGCGGACUAAACUAAACAACGGCACGCUCAAACUGCUCACCACACAGACACAAAGAAAAACAACUUAACAACACAUUCUUCAGCAAGGUUACGCGUUCACAUCGGUAAAAGUGGUCUUAGGAAAUGCUCUAAACUCUUCUAGAUAUAAGUUCUAAUUCAAUACUACCUAAACAUGAAACACCAAUCUCUCUAGGGUAUGAGGAAGGGAGUCUUUUGUUUUGGUUUUGUUUUUCAUACGAACGAGGACAUGUUUAAACCAAUUUAAAAAAAAAGAAAGAUAAAGCAACAAACAAAACUCUAAUCUAAUGAAGAAGAAAAAAACUGCCCCCGCGACUGUGCUAUGAUGGCCAUUAUUAAGGAGAAACGGUGAGAAAGGAUACGCCACAGCAGCCAUUGCAGCACACGCAAACAAGGAGAAGCGAAGAAAGGUUCUAGCUUAAGAAUUGAUUCUAGAGAAAAUACAAAGUAAAGCAUAAUCGAAGAUGGGGCCGACUUUAGGGUUCACGAUGGCGCGUAGGGCCAUCCCCAUCCCCAUUGUCCCUUUGCCCGUGCAAAGGGAAGUUAAAGUAAGUAAGUAAGUAAAACCUACAAGUGAAUAGGAAACGGAAAGCGAAACAAACAUUGGGUUAAACAUUGUAGCUACAUCGAUUUCUCCAUUUACACAUAAAUGCUCUAAGCUCGUUUCCGUUCGCUCAUCGAAUUUGAUCUCGUACAUACCGUUUGUGUUUCGAUUCUUUCCUUAACUUUUCUCACCUACGAUACAUGAUUAAAUGCAUUAAAACCGAAACAAAAAAAAACACACAUACAAAUGAAGCAGAAAAUACAAGAAAAAACAAAAGAAACAACACACAUAUAAAAGGAAGAAAAUAUAGAAAAAUAAAAACCAAAAAUAAAACUAUUGCUUGUACAGAACAGAAGAAAAAACCAACAGAAACCGAAUCGAAAAUACACUCCAGUCCAGCAAAAGCCAUUAUCAGCAAAAAAAACAAAGAAAAAAAAGAAGCGAAGAAAGUAAGAAAGAAUGAGGUACCCCACACCCAUACACACAUGAAUGCACAGGACGUUGAAAGGAAGACACAAACAUUCAAACACACAGCAGCAACAACAACAACAACAAACACAUCAACUCAUUCGUGUAAGUAAUCAAGCAACAGAAAAGCAAAACCAAGUAUCAUAAGAAAAAAUAUUAACCUAAGUCAGCAAACUGAUGAAAACGAUAGAGCAAAACAAGAGAACAGAAGAAAACACUCGAACAAAAGCCCAAAAACCCUAGAUAGUGGAUAUAAAACAGCAUUAGUCGGUGAGCCAUAGUUUAAGGACGAAAACCCAAAAAAACCGAGAUGACAAACAGAGUAAAACACACAAACAUCCCUUAACGUAAGGCAAUCUCACGCAAACAACAAACAAGCAGCAGCAGCAGCAAACAGAAAUCAAACAACAAGUCUGGAAGCGAAGAGCGAAAACAAGCGAAGCGAAACAAAACACGAACCAAUAGAAACAGAAAGACAAAACGCCCAGAUAGCAGCGCACGGUGGUCAGUACCGGUGGACAAAAACAAAAGCGGGGCGUUACUUGCCCCCGUUACUUGCCAAUAAGGAAUUCGUUAUCCGUAUCGUCCGUUCUGCAUAGAACUAUACACACACACACACAUACACAUAUUUUCAUCACACAUUCACACACAUUGUUCCGAAGUACGAUAAGAUUACGCGGCCAUAUUGCGCAUCGAUCAGUAAGCGAUCGAGCAUUUUACGUUUGGUCAGCCAUUUUGAAAAACCAUCCUUAUGAUGAUGGUAGAUGUGUGCGUGUGUAUGUGUGCUGGCGGUGGUAAGAAUUGGCGAUAAAUGGUGAUCGCAGAUGCACUUUCUCUUUCCAAUCUCUUUAUGAAAUCGCUUCGAAAAGAGCCAACAGCAAGCAGAUUAAGAGCUACACACGUGACAGAAACGGGAACAAUGGGAAGUAUAGUAAACAAAAAACAAGAAAUCAAACAAACACCAAAUUAUGUAACGCAUUGACUUGAAAACCUUGUUCGAGAGCCGACGAAAGAUCCCGGAAGUGUUUGGCAACCAGUAGGCUCCCGAAACGGGCAGGGAAACUUUAUUAGACCCCCUCCCCCAAAAAAGUGCUUCCAGCAAAACUUUACACACAACAAAGCAAAGCAAAAAAACAAAACAUUUCCGAACGUUUGCAAAACAAAAGAAAAACCUGUUCCGUUCUGCUAAAACUGUCUUGGUCACUUGGCCACUAAUUUUGGCUCCCAUUCAUUAUGGAGUAGAAGGAAGAACAAUGGGUGAUGCUUCACAUUCCUUUUAACUUAACAUUUUCUUCAAACAUGUUUGCAAACGGCACGUGCCACACAAAGCAAAAGAGAGAAAAAUAGCGACAAAGAAAGAGAGCAAGAGAGGCAAUAGUAGGAAAAGGAAAAGAGCGAGAGUGAGAUAGAAAGAGAGAGAGAUAAGCCUAGAGAACUUGUUCCGGUAAUGGGGAAAAAUGAAAAAAAAAAUAAUCCCCAGGAUAGCAAUGUAAGAAAGGUACACUUAACGACAAAACAAAAAAGCAUCUUAAACUACAGAGCAAAGCGGAAUCAAAUACACAAUGUGUCUGCAUGCAUUAAUUAGCGCAAAAUUGUUAUAGCUAAAUAUUCAUUCAAAUUAAGUAGAGCAAAACAAACAAAAAUGCAUUAAAAAAAAACGUUGAUCGUACUUUAAACAAAAAAAAACAAACAAACCAAACAACAAAUAUCAACAACAACAAUUUCGAACGAAAAUUGCUAUUAAAACGAUCUAAAACAAAAAACAACCGUAUUUAAAAAACAAAACGAAACCUUCUUCCCAUUACAAUUAAACGGCUGCCACAAAAUGGGGUAGCAUUCGCGCGUCAAGUUGAUACAGGUAUUCGGUGGUCGGUAGCCGAAGGUCGCCGGAACCGACACAUUAGGGUCCAUCGAUUGUGGUACGAGUGCUAAAGAAUCGAAUUCCUUCGCCCUUUCCCUCUCGCCUACCCCCUCACACUAACAAGUCCCUGCAAGGGAAGCAACUUACUUCUAAAGCCAAAAGAAAAAAAAAACACCAAAAGCACGCUGUUUGAACGCUGUCGCUGUUUCCGUUUGUGCCGCAACAAUACUUUUAAAAACCCCUGUAAACUGUUGAUCAUUAGGCAGAAAACUGAUAGGCAGCCGGUGAUGAAAUUGUUAAAAGAAACGUUACGAAAGUACACACAAAAUAAUGCUAAACUUAAGCUACGGGACGUGUGAGCGCACCGUGCUUCGUCGUGCGUGUGCGUGAAUCGUCUGACGUUUUUUGUGUUUUUUUUUUUCCUUUAUUUGUGUGUUUGUGCAAAGCGCAUUAGUAGGUACGGUUACUUAUACGCAUAUACGUCGCUUACCGGAAAAAAAACGGCACGAAAAGGUGUGCAACCGCACCGCACUGUCUGUACAGAGUUGCUGGUACAGUACGCAUGCCACUGUAAUUAGUAAACCAAAAAAGAGAAAACACACUUAACUUGUAGUUGUACUUGCGGUUGGCCGGACAGAAACAGAAAAGCUCGCUUAGAGCAGUGCAGAACCGUCACUAGUUGCGUACUAUUUUCACAGCCGUAACACACGGGAAGGGAAACAGGUAGCUUGUUUGGGACCAGGUCCACGCGUAGCAGAGUGUUGAGUUUUGUGCUUCAAAGCGUAGAGAACUUAUCGAACGACGUUUAUAUUCGGUUCUUGAGAUGCUUUCCUUUAAAUGCACUAAUGCAUUCAGAUCAAAGUAGUCCGUCGGUAGCCAUCUCAGAGGCUGUACAGAAGGAGCCUACGACAAAUUGACAUACGUCAGCCAUGCUAGUUGCCAUAGAAAGAGAGGAAAGCAUACAUACACACACACAUACAAGUAGGCCACGUCGAACAGUGAGGCAAUAUAAGAUUCGAUGCGAUGCGAUCAUACUCUAAUCAAGGCUAGGAACACACAUACACAUACACACAAACAUAUGCAAGCGACUGCAUACUUAAAACAUACAUACCACGUAACAUAAGCAGAAGAUAAUUUUUAUAAUUUCCCCCUCUUAUCUUAACACUACUUCUUCCGGCCGCAAGGAAUUUAGUGUACACACACAUACACAUACACUCACUCUUUGGGGAAAUGGAAAACGCUCAAACACUUGUUCGAUGCGAUUUUUCCCCCGAGAAGACACACACACACACGUCCGUUAUGCAUGCAUGUUCUGUUUUGCGGAGUACGAAACAUACAAAACCAAACAACAUUACACGCAGAAACCGAUUGUAACCGAUACGUAUGGCCAUCGUAUUUUUAAUAAAUCACUGCCAAAAUCACUGAACGGACGGAAUAUUUGAAGCAUGUGUUCACACCACUCCAACACUUCUGGGCUAUUGUCUGAUAUUUCUAUCGUAUAAAUAAACAAAAACAAAACGGUGGAAGGGUGGAAGCGCAGAACAAAUGAAAGAAAAUUAAGAAAAAAAAAACAAAACAACAACCAGAACAAAACCAAGCGAAAAACUAAACAAAAAAAACCUAAGGAAAAAUAUAAAAAACAAAGUAUAGAGAAAAACGCUAUCGCGAUUGAUUUACAUUAGGAACAUACUCACGACACCAAUAUAAAGAAAAGGAGUUUUACGAUUUAAACAAAAGUAAAAAAAAAGUAGCAAACAAGGAAGAAAAACAACAAGCGAGGUUAUUAUAUGAACAAAAAAAGAUCAUAAUAUUGAAAUAAUUCUAAAAGAACAAUUCAUAUAUCCACUAAAAACGAAAAAAAAACUUCAAUAAAGAACAUUUUAAUUCAA